GAUACGUCACCAUAAUUUGUUCGGUACAAGUGUUUGCAUUCAGUGUUUCUAUUCGGUUGUGUUAUCAAGACGGAACGCAAACAGCCACGUAGUGAAAGGUGAAGCUGGUUUGAAUAUUGGAAACCUCUGUGUUUCUUCCCAGUGAAGAUCCAGAAGGAUUGCUGAUCAACCAUGGCUAUUAAAAAUUAAAACACCGUUCAAAUGGAGAUCAAUGCUGAUCAAGAUCACAGCACUUUGACAUCUCAAGAGGCUGAAAGUGAGCAAUAUUUGAAGCAGCAAGGGCUUGAUGGCAAUCCAAUUACAACCAAGGAGAUUCUCAAUGGUCCCAUCAACUUGAAUGUGAUGCCAAAUGGAGAUGGGAUAUCAGAGGGCAAUGCUGCUGCUGAAAGCACCCAUCUUAACGGGUCCCUGCCCCCAACAGCCCUUUCACAAAGCAACAGUUCACCAGUCAACUGUCAAACUCAAGAGACAUCUGCAGGUGUGACUGCUUGUCCACCCAUGAUGCUUGAACCUGAGCUCAGUGCUGCUGAGGACACAAGUCACACGGGUGAUGCGUUGCAGUCACUCAGACUCAGUAUGCCUUUGCAGGAGACAGAUUUGUCCAACCAGAAGCCUUCGUUAGAGAUGGAAAAUGAGGAGAAAAUCCGUCUCGAGGCUCGUAGGCGCCUGGAAGAGCAGCUGAAACAGUACAGAGUGCAAAGACAUAAAGAGAGGUCUCAUCGCAACACACCAAAAAACAGGCCAUUCAGUACUCUUGAUCCAGAGUUAAUGCUGCACCCUGAGGCUCUUCCCAGGGCCAACGCAGUUGCCAUGACCACGGAGUAUUCCUUCCUGAGGACCAGUGUACCCCGUGGUCCUAAAUUGGGGAGUUUAGGAAUCCCCCUCAACAAGGAGAAAAAAUCAAGAUCCUCCCGCACAAGCAAGAUUCACUCCUUGGCUGACUACAAAUCUCCGGAGAAUGACGGUGGUGGCGAAGGGGGUGGUGGGAUAAAGACUGCAGACAACACUAUGGGCUCCAUCCAUGCCACCAUCAGCACAGUAUCCACUGUGUCCGAGGUCAAUGUCACGUCACAUUCGCGCAGUCAAGCUGAUGUUUUACCCCUGGCUGGGGACAAUGUCUCUGAGAUUGAUGGCAGUGAAUCAGGAGCAAGACUUGGGAAUGAUGGCAACGACAGUGACAGCUCAUCCUACAGCAGUGUGUCUACCAGGGGAACCUACUCCAUGCUGUCUGCUGCCAUGGAUAAGCAACAGGGUACCUACAUGGUUGAGGGACGGGAGAUUGCUCCUGAGGCCAUGGGUCAAUUUCCCUCCCUUCAUGAGGUUUUGCAAGCAGCCAGUGAUGAGCAGCAACUUCUGGAGUUGGAGCAAGAAGGCUCUGUAGAACCACGCAGCCGCAGGGACAGCUUCUCCAGCAGUGUCUCUUUGGAGAGCUCUGUAAUGGGCCAUGAUGAAAUGCUUCAGGUCCUGAAGGAAAAAAUGAGACUAGAAGGCCAAUUGGAAUCUUUGUCAUCUGAGGCCAAUCAGGCUCUAAAGGAGAAAACAGAGCUCCAGGCUCAGCUUGCCACUGUGAAUGCUCAGAUGCAGGCCCAGAAGGCUGAGGUUCAAUUUAGCCAAGAAAAGCAGAAUGUCCUCACAACAGAAGUUAGCACACUGCGGCAAAAUUGCAGCCAACUAGAGAAGGCAAUGAUGGAGCUCCAGGGCAAUUUGGAGAGCAAAAAUGCCAGCCUGGCAUCACUCUGCAAUGACCUGAAGGUGGCUGAAGACCAGUACAAUAGGCUGAUGGGAAAGGUAGAGGAAAUGCAAAAGACUCUCAUGUCAAAGGACAAUAUAGUCCAGGAAAUGCGACUGCAAAUGUCUGGUGUACAGAGCCAGUUACAACAGGUCCAGCUUGAACGCAGCACUCUCCAAAGUCGACUGAAAACCUCCCAGGCAGAGAUUGACUCACUCAAGCAGGUCAGGCAGUGGUACCAGCAGCAGCUCGGUCUGGCUCAGGAGGCACGAGUGAGACUGCAAAAUGAAAUGGCUGACAUGCAGGCUGGAAAAAUGACCCAGACUGGCGUUCUCGAACAUCUGAAGCUUGAGAAUGUGACCCUGUCUCACCAACUGACUGAGACGCAACACCGUUCAAUCAAAGAAAAAGAACGUAUCGCUGUCCAGCUGCAGAGCAUUGAGGCAGACAUGAUGACUCAAGAAGCAGCUUACAAGCAGAUCCAGGAUGCCAAGACUUUGGUGGAGGACGACCUCCAACACAAAUUAGAAGAGUUUGAGGAAGAACGGGAGCGCUUAAUAAAACUGGCCAACACUGCCAGUAAUUUGGAAAUGGAACUAGAGCAGAUCAAGUUGAACCUUUCUCAGAAGGACAUGCAGCUGCAGUCUCUCCAGAAAGAACAUCUGGAGCUGAUGCGUCAGUUGACCACCACUCAGGAGAACCUACAUACCAAAGAGCAGUCAAUAAACCAUCUUGAGGCUCGAUACCUAGAGCUGGAAGGCCAGCUUGCUGAGCUUCAGGCAGAGAGCAAUAGCAAAGAUGACACCAUCCAAUACCUCCAAAAUGAAAAGAUCGUUCUUGAGGUAGCGUUGCAGACGGCCCGAGCUGACAAGAGCGUACUUGAUGAGAAUGCUGAACGGCUUGGAGAGGAUGUUUUGGUGGCGUCAGAUGUGUUGGAUCAACUCAAACAGGAAGUUCAGGUUAAAACCAAUCAGAUUGAAAAACUGCAGCAAGAAAAUGGUUCCCUGAAAAAACAAGCUCAAAAAUUGAAGGAACAGUACCAACAACAAAAGGUGAUGGUGGAAGCAUACCGUCAGGAUGCAAAUUCCAAGGACCAGUUGAUCAGUGAGCUUAAGUCUACUAAAAAGCGUCUUGUAGCAGAGGUGAAGGACCUAAAACAAGAACUUCAGGACGUGCUGGGGGAAAAGCAAAAGGCUGAAUUGGAGCAGGCGCGGCUGCAAAAAGAAGUGCUCCGAGUCCAAGAACAAAUGAAUAACAUGGAAAGUCACCUGCAAGACAUUCAGAUAGAACGAGACCAGCUUGAAACACAGAUCCAGUCCUUGCAGUUUGAUCAGAGUCAGCUUGUGGCAGUGACAAAAGAGAAUGAAAGUCUCAGGAAACAAGUGGAGAAAAUGGAAACCGAAGCUAAAAAAGCCAUUUCAGAGCAAAAAGUGCGCAUGAAGCGCCUGGGGACCGAUUUAACCAGCGCUCAGAAGGAGAUGAAGGUCAAACACAAGGCAUACGAGAAUGCUGUCAGCAUCCUGAGUAGGAGGCUGCAAGAGGCCUUGACUGACAAGGAGACGACUGAGGCUGAGCUAGUCAAGCUCAAAGCUCAGGUGUCAGAUGGAGGAAACGACCACAUCCUACAGGGGAAGAUUGAAUCACUUCAGACGGAGCUGCAGGUUGUGGCCAAAAGCAAAGCAAUGUUAGAAAAGGAGCUUGAGGAAGUCAUUUCCCUCACUUCCACUGAGUUAGAGGAGUACCAGGAGAAGGUCUUGGAGCUAGAAGAUGAGCUUCAAGAGUCACGAUGCUUCAAGAAGCGGAUUCGAAAAUUAGAAGACGCCAACAAGAAGUUAGCACUUGAGCUGGAACAUGAAAAAGGAAAAUUGGUUGGACUGACUCAGUCAAACAGUACAUUGCGGGAGCAUGCCAAUAUCUUGGAAUCUGCUUUGGCAAAGCGAGAGGCUGAUCUUGUACAGCUCAACUUGCAGGUUCAAGCUGUUCUGAAGCGCAAAGAGGAGGAGGACCAACAAAUGAAGCAGGUGGUGCAAACUCUACAGCUUGCCUUGGAAAAAGAGAAAACCAAAGUCAAAGAUCUUAAAGAACAGGUUGCAACAGCAAAAGCUGAAGCAGCCCACAACAGGAGACACUACAGGGCUGCCAUGUUGGAGCUAUCGGAGAUCAAGAAAGACCUGCAGGCCAAAGAAGACCUGGUUAAAGCUCUGCAACAUGAAGCCAACAAGCUACAAUCCCAGGAUGAGAAGCAUGCGCAGGAGAUCUCCACUUUCCAAGAAGAGCUGGCUGAAGCCCAUUCCCAACUACAGAUCCUCCAGAAACAGCUGGAUGAAGAGCUGUCAAAGAAGCCCCUCACUAACCAAGAAGUUGAGGACCUUAAGUGGGAGGUGGAACAAAGGCAGAGGGAGAUUGAGACUCAGAAGCAACAGUUGGAGAUGAUGGAGGAGUGCCAGCAAAAAGAGCUGGAUAGCCUCCAGAUGGCUUUGCAGAACAUAAAGAUAGAGUUGGAGAUGGUCCAGGAGGAGCUGAGUGGUACAAGGAAAGACAAGUUUAUGCUACAAGCUAAAGUGGGUGAGCUGAAAAACAGCAUGAAGACCCUUCUGUUACAAAACCAGCAAUUCAAGCAGGACCUUAAACAGACCCGUCUCAGGAAGCAACGGGUGGAGCUGAAGAAUGAGGGGACCCCAUCCAAUCCAGUGACGCCGGUAAAGAUCCCGGACUGCCCAGUGCCAGCUUCACUGCUCGAUGAGUUGCUCAAACCAUCAACUUCGGUCAACAAGGAGCCCCUCAAUAACUUGCACAACUGUUUGCGGCAGCUCAAGGAGGAGAUGGACAGCCUCCAAAAGCAGAUGGAGGAGCACACAGUAACAGUACAUGAGUCAAUGAGCUCAUGGCCAAACACAGAGGAAGGUCUGGCUCAACUGGGACUUCAAAAUAACAUCUCUAAUGCAUCGAGGUCACUGAACAACACCGCGGUGGAAAAUAAUAAUGAAGCAGAACAGCAGCAGUCAUAAAAGCAAACUUUUGUUAGGCUAUAAUGACUGUGGAGUUUUAUCCACGAAGGCAUUGUUAGCCAUUUAUUCCAUUUUUCAUUUUUAAGCAAUAGCUGUCAACAAUUGACCUUGAUCUUCAGUCUUCGCAGGAGCUUGCAGAGUUAUACAAAAUAUACCUUAGCUUUAUUCUUUGACCUUUUUAUACUGUAUGCCCAUGUAUUAUUUAUUAAGUUUAAAAAAAAUACACAA